AUGGAGGUCAAGGAAGAGGAAACCGAUGAAUCCCCCAUGAUAUUCCGUAUAAAGAAACAACCAAAGGCUAAGAAGGCAACCUCGACUGUUGCUGCCAAAGCAAAAAAGCCAACACAAACAGCAACUGUCGACGCACAGGACAUCAAUAUUGCUACUUCAGAGGUAGAAAAUCGUAUUGAUACCUCAUCAAAGAAGAAACCUGCUGGUAGAAAACGUAAACUUGUUGCUCCAAAGGAUCCGGAAGCUCCCAACAUCAAACAAGAACAAGCUCCCGUCAGUUCCGAGCAACAUAGAGAUCCACCGCUACGAGAUCCUGAUGCUAAUGAUAGUGAUGAUUUUGAAGACUUGGAAUCACCAAAGCCAGUCAAAUCAACCGCAAAGAAACGAAAACGUUCCAAAAAGUCGACUAGCCCUGAAGACUUUCCACUCGAUAUGCCAAACUUUCUAGUAGAUCUAGAUCUGCUCUUCCGUGCUGUAAAUACCAUCGUCUCGUUUUGUACCAUUCAGCGAGGAUUAGUCUGUACGUUUGAUGCAAUCAAGGCUUCUGUCGAGAACAUUUACAAAAACGAAUUCACACUCGACAAACUAUCAGAACUCAAAGCUAUAUCCCCCAUACUAUUCAACAUAUUUUACGUCAAUGAAGCUGCUCUGGAAGAUGCAUCCGUAACUCAAAUGAAAUCAACACCAUCAAAUACCAAUAAUGAUGAUACAUAUGUCCUCGUUAUCGAGUUUACGGAUGCAAGGCCUCCUAAACCAAAGCUAAAGCCAGGCUCGUCAAAAAAGAAACAGACGGAUGACGAGAAGAAGCUGUUUGGAAGUCGUAACCUGUUUCUGAGAGAAUCAGUGGCUGGAACUUCCAAGACAAAAACGAUUACUACGCUGAUCGAGAAGAGGAAUACGUCAUUUAGGACUUGUUUACUGGAGUUUUAUGGAAAGGCUUUGGAUCAGGACGAGGAUGCAGUCGCCAAAAUAAUAGAAAUGGCUAAAACAUCACUAGCGCUGCCUCCAAACCAAGGAAUGAGUCUCGUAGGAUCACUUUUCUCAUCCCCAUCACGGACACUUCCAUCCACAGAUCGACCAUCAUCACUAUCUGACCUUAUACAACGAUUGAAGAAUCAGCCAUUUUAUCGUAAUCAAAUUGUGGAGAAAGGUUUUAGGACGACAGAAGCAAAUCCAGCUUCUUAUGGUGAAUUGACGACACCCUUGUCUGAUGAGCUGGCGACUGCUUUGAUGGAGGCCAGUACUAUAUGUAGGUUGUUCACGCAUCAGGCUCAGGCUUUGAAUGCGUUGGAUAAGGGUGACCAUGUCAUAGUCGCUACUUCUACAUCCAGUGGAAAAUCACUCAUAUACCAACUUCCAGUCUUGAAAGGCCUAGAAGCGAAUCCGAAAUUACGUGCCUUGUAUAUAUUUCCAACCAAGGCCUUAGCACAGGAUCAACGACGCUCCUUUUUGAAUAUUCUUGAGAAUUGCCCGUCUCUCAAGCCUCGAGUACGUGCUGAGACAUUUGAUGGUGAUACACCAAGUGUGUCGAGUACUCGUCAGGAUAUUCGUGAGAAUGUGCAAGUCAUCUUCACGAAUCCGGAUAUGCUGCAUGUCACUGUGUUGCCUCAUCAUGCUCAAUGGAAGGAAUUCUUUGUGAAUUUGAGAUUUGUGAUUGUUGAUGAACUGCAUUAUUAUUCCUCAACAUUGGGCACGCAUUGUUCUUUUGUGAUGAGAAGGCUCCGACGAAUAUGCUCCUAUUAUGGAAACGAUUCCGUGCAAUUUGUAUCGUGUUCAGCAACAGUUGCAAAUCCUGUUGAACACAUGAAAUCAUUUUAUGGAUUGCAGAGUGUCACUUUGAUUAAUCAAGAUGGUGCUCCACAUGGUCAAAAGCAUCAUGUGCUCUGGAAUCCUCCACUGAAGGAUGUAUAUGACGCACGACAAGGACGAAUGAGUACGCUAGAUGAAGCUGCCCGUUUGUUGGUGUAUUUGAUGUUACGUGGAGUGAGGACUAUUGCAUUUUGUAAAGCCCGUCGACCAGCAGAACUCGUACUGAAGGAAGUUCGAUCUACUUUGAAUCAGAUGUCUCCUGAUCUUGUUGACAAGGUCAUGGGCUACAGAGCUGGGUAUACUCCUCAAGAUCGAAGGAGCAUUGAACGAGCACUCUUUGGUGGUGAAUUGCUGGCAGUGAUUGCUACCAAUGCUCUUGAGCUUGGAGUUGAUAUUGGCUCUCUAGAUGCAGUAAUUCACAUGGGCUUCCCAUUCAGUCUUGCUUCAUAUCGUCAGCAAUCAGGACGUGCUGGUCGACGUGAAAAGGACUCGAUCUCUAUCCUGAUAGCCGAUGGGGACAACAUUAUGGAUCAAUAUUACAUGACACACCCUGAUGAACUGUUUGGAGGAACAUACGAAAACGUGUCGAUUGAUCUUGAAAAUCUGCUGAUUCUUGAAGCACACGCUCAAUGUGCCGCUGCCGAGCUACCAAUUGAUGUCGAUAAAGAUGGUUUGUUUCUUGGGAGUCUGCUGGAGGAAGUUUGUGUGAAACAUUUGAUACAGGAUCCUAAGACUAAUUUGUAUUUCGCUCACCCGAAGUAUGAAGGAUAUCCAGCAAAGGACGUUUCCUUGCGCGCGAUUGAUGAAGCUCGUUGGAGAAUUAUUGAUGUGUCAACUAAUGAGGAUGUGGAGGAUAUCGAAGAGGGAAGAGCAUACUUCACUCUAUACGAAGGAUCCAUAUUCAUCCAUCAAGGAAAUUCCUAUUACGUUUUUGAGGUUAAUGAAGAGAAGCGAUAUGUCAAAGUGCGACCAACGAAUGUGGAUUACAUUACGACACCGAGGGAAUACACAGACAUAGAUCCGUUGAAGAUUAUGGAAACUCGAUCAAUUCCGAAUACUACUGAUAUUCAUGUGUAUUUUGGAACUGUUCAAGGUAGUAUACUUCAGUUGAUGGUAUUCGGAUACUUUAAAGUCAACCCAAAGAACUGGCAAAUCCUGGAAGCUGUUACAGAUCUUGAAAAUCCACCUUUUGUUCGAAAUGCUGUUGGGUUUUGGACAGAUCUUCCAUUUGCAACAGUCCAAUAUCUACACGCCACGAAACAUGACGUGAAGGACAGUAUUCACGCUGCCAGUCAUGCCAUCUUAUCGCUUGUGCCUGUCUAUGUCGUGUCAACAGGUCUUACAAGUGUGAGGACAGAUUGUCAGACAUCAGAGGCUACGAGGAUACGCCCUCCAAGAUUUUUCAUAUAUGAACAUAAUGGACGAAGUGGAAUGGUGGCUAAAGCAUUCUCACAUGUACAUGAAUUGCUGGUUAGAGCUAAACAGAUUGUUUCAGCUUGCCAGUGUGAGGAUGGAUGUCCAGCUUGUGUCCAACGAAAUGGAUGCAAGCAUGCCAAUAAGGCUUUGGAUAAACAAGGUGCACUUAUUGUUUUAAAGGGAUUGCUGGGUGAGAUAUUGUGA